AUGCAGCAGCAGGGGGGGGCCUCUUGCCUCUUUUCGCGGAUCGCCGGCGUCCCUCGCGUCGUUUUCAGAAAUCCUCCCACCUCCGCCUUUGCUUUUGCAAAAGAAAUAAAUGUGAAGCCGCUUUCGUCGCGCGGCCGCGGCGCCGCGGCUUCGGGUGUACGUACACCUCCCGCCGCGCCGCGCGCGGCCGCGUUCUCGGCGGUUUUCCGCCGGUUUUUCUCCGAAUCAAGUGCGAACACGCGCGCCGCCGAGUCUUUGGCGUCGAAUUCCGAUUAUUUAGCCGCGGAAUCCUUGAAAAAGGCGCAGGAAUCGCGGGGAAAUGGCUCGGUGGACGCGGGCGCGGACGCGGCGCUGUCGACGGCGAAAGAGCGCGGAAAGCAGGACUUAGUGCGGUCUUCGCGGGUUUUUAAAAAGCGGCUUCCCCCGAACUUCGUUUCGGAAACAUUUAUUCCGCAUUUGGAGGACCAGAUCAUCCACAUGGCGCCUUCUUUUUCCGUAGUUCAACUUGGAGAGGUGGGCGCCGCCUACGGGCGGCUGCCCGCGACUUUGCGCGAAAAAGAAGUGGAAAAGGUGCUUUUAAAACACCUGCGGGAGAACCUGAAGCAUGUACAUACACCUGAAGAGGUUUUGGCGGUGGUGUCGCUCAUGGAGCUCUUCUUCUCCGGCGACGCUGCUGCUGCUGCGGACGGGCAGCAGCAGCAGCAGCAGCAGCAGCAGCAGCAGCGCAGCUGGCUGCCGGCGCUGAAGCGCCGCAGCAGCGGCGUGGAGACGGACUUGUUCCUGCAGCUGCAGCAGAAGCUGCAGCAGGAGACGGGGCUGCUGCCGGGCUUGUCCUUGCUGAAUUUGUUUUCUGUUAUUCGCUGCUACUCCAAAGCCCUCGCCGUUCCUGCUGCUUUCACGCAGCAGCAGCAGCAGCAGCUGCAGCAGUUCCUCCAAACCCUCAGAGAAAAAGCAGAUUUGCUGCUGCACAGCCACCGCCCCGAGGAGCUCGUGGCCAUUGUUGCUUCCAUCGCCACGUACGGCACUGCUGCCCUCCCGCAGCAGCAGCAGCAGCAGCAGCAGCAGCAGCAGGGAGGCAGCAGCAUUGGUUCUCUGGUGUCUCGGAACCCGCAUAUGGCGGUGCUGCCGCACGUGCUGCAGCAGGUGGACAUACACCUGAAACUUGAUAACUUUUCUUUUUUCCAAAUCUUCCAGCUGCUGCAUUUGCUGCAGAAGUGCAGCAUAAAGCACAAGUUGCUGCUGGAGGAGUGCAUAUACUUCUUGCACAACGGCAGCUACUCGCCAAAGCAGCAGCAGCAGCAGCAGCUGCUGCGUCAGCACCUGCAGCAGCAGCAGCAGCUCCUCCAGCAGCAGCUCCUCCAGCAGCAGCUCCAGCAGCAGCAGCGCCACGAACGCGCGCAGCAGCAGCGACAAGAACAGCACCAGCAGCUGCAGCCGGGCGAGCAGCAGCAAGACCAGCAGCAGCAGCAGCAGCAGCAGCAGCAGCAGCAGCAGCAGCAGCAGCAGCAGCAGCAGGAUCCCUUAAAAGUCGACACCGCCAAGUUGGCCCAGAUGGAUCCUGCAGAAGCUUCUGAGUUCAUUAAGGCGCUGGGCCAGCGCAUCCGCAGCAAAGGCCUGCUGCAGCAGCAGCAGCAGCAGCAGCAGCCGCAGCAGCAGCAGCAGCAGCAGCCGCAGCAGCAGCAGCAGCAGCAGCAGCGCAGCGUUGCUGAGGGCCUCCCGCCCUCGCUGCUGGUCAAAAUCGCCUGGUGUUUAAAUCAGCUGGGGGAGUUUGAGAGAGUGGAGCGUGUCUUGGAAAAGCCAAUUUUGAGGGCUGCGGCGAAGUUCGGAGCCGUGGAGUUCGCCCGACUCGUUCAAACCCUUCCUCCGGGGGCCCCCGUAUUGGAUCUAAUCUGCAGCAGGCUGGCAGCAACAAUUCCUCAAAUGCGUCUCUUUGAUUUUUUGUUUUUCGUCGUUGGGGCUGCGAAGUUGGGGUGUCUGUACACCCCGGAGCUGCGGAAGACAGCAGCAGCAGCAGCAGCAACAGCAGCAGCUGGGAACGCGCUGCUGCUGCGGCCAGCAGCAGCAGCAGCAGACUUGAGAACUCUUGUGGAAAACCACUUUAUGGAAAAAAAAGAAGAAAUAACUCUUUCUCAAGUAGGGCAUUUGGAGAGGGUUUUCAAACAAAUUGCGCCUUCGCAGCAGCACGCCCAGGACCUGCUGCUGCUGCUGCCCCCAGACCUGCUGCAGCAGCUGCAGCAGCAGCAGCAGCAGCACCAGAGGCACCACCGCCACCGCCAGCAGCAGCAGCAGCAGCAAACAGACACUCCUGCUGCGCCCACAGGCGAAGCUGCGUGA